CCUCCUCUCAACGCAACUUAAAUAAUAAUCAACAUAAGAAGCCUCGAGCCUUAUCACCGUUUUCUUAAAACACGAAACUUCGACACACUCCCAGGGAAAAAAUCAGCUUAGCCAAUGACCCAUGCCGAGCUCAUUUUCAUCCCAUCGCCUGGCAUGGGCCAUCUCGUAUCGAUGGUCGAGAUGGCCAAGCUUCUUGUUGACCGCGACCCACGCCUCUCUAUCACUGUCGUCAUCAUGAAGCUUCUGUUCGACUCCGAUGCCGAUUCAUACACGACCUCGCUUGCCACCACCGGGGCUGCUGCCAGAAUCCGCUUUGUUCAUCUCCCACGUGGGAACACCAACACCUUGAUCUCUUCGGGCAAUUUCCGCACCCACUUCAUCGAAAGCAACAAGCCCCACAUCAAGCAGGUUGUUGCCGAGCUCGCUGACUCGGCCAGCUCUACCAGACAACUUGCGGGGUUCGUUCUUGACAUGUUCUGCACCACCAUGAUUGACCUGGCAGACGAGUUCGGAGUACCGUCCUAUAUCUUCUUCACAUCGAGUGCCGCUUGCCUCGGCAUGAUGCUGCACCUCCAAUCGCUCCAAGAUGAGCACCACAUGGACAUAACUGAAUUCAACGAUGCAGCCGGGGAACUGGACUUCCCAAGUUUCACCAACCCUUUGCCGGCCAAGGUCUUACCCUCCGUGGUUCUUAUGAAGGAGGCGGUCCGACCGUUCCUGGAGCACACCAGGAGGAUGAGAGCGACCAAGGGCAUUGUUGUAAACACGUUCGAGGAGCUUGAACCGCAUGCAAUAAGGUCCUUGGCGGGCCUAGGGGCGCCCGUGGUUUAUCCGGUGGGGCCAAUACUAAAUCUGAAGGGUGAGACCAAAAUGAAGGCGAACAGUGGAGCGGAUGACAUCAUGGAGUGGCUCAACGGGCAAUUGCCUUCAUCGGUAGUUUUCUUAUGCUUCGGGAGCAUGGGAAGCUUCGGUGAGGACCAGGUGAAGGAGAUGGCUUCCGCACUGGAGCGGAGUGGGCACCGCUUCCUGUGGUCCCUACGGCGGCCGCCGCCGAAGGGCAAGGUUGAAAUCCCCCAUGACUACAUGGACCCCGCGGAGGUUUUGCCCAAGGGUUUCCUAGAUCGAACGGCUGGCAUUGGGAAAGUGAUUGGGUGGGCCCCACAAGUUGCGGUCCUAGCCCACCCAGCAAUUGGGGGGUUCGUGUCACACUGCGGAUGGAACUCCACCUUGGAGAGCAUAUGGUUCGGGGUGACAAUGGCCACAUGGCCCCUGUACGCGGAGCAACAGCUCAACGCGUUCGAGCUAGUGGUGGAACUGCGCCUUGCGACAGAGAUCAGGAUGGACUAUAGGAGGGAUUUCAAGAUGGAGACCAAUGUGGUGAUGGCGGACGAAAUAGAGGGCGCAAUAAAGAAGUUAAUGGAGGAGGUCAACGGUGAGAGGAAGAGGAAGGUGGAGGAGGUGAGUGAGAAGAGUAGGAACGCGUUAGUUGAGGAUGGCUCUUCUUACUUGUCUUUGAGCCGUUUUAUUGAGGACAUAUUGAAUAAUAUGCCUUGACUCGUUUGCUUUCCUGUCAUUUUCGCAAUUUAUGAUGUUUCUCGGUCCAUUUGUUCAAAAAUGGUGAUCCUCUCUCAAUCACGAUUCAUAAUAUGCAU